CAUUCUUGCCUCCUCAUCUUGGACCGUUGGCUCCUUUGAGCCUAUAGUUGGAGUCCUGAAGGACAGUACAUACAUCAGAAAUGUGGUGUGGCAACCAGAAUAAGUAAGAGCAAAGAAGACUCCCUCCAUUUUCCUUAUGUGACACAACAGCACCAGUAACUAGAACUAGCAAAGUAAUGCUCAAUUCACUAAAAGUUGAAGGGAUGAAAGACUGCAAGAACAGACAGGUGCAAGGCUGCAUUCAUCUUUAAGGAGAUCAGUGUACCUGAGGAUCAGUCAUGCUCAUGUUGCAGGGCUCUUUUUGAAUUGCUUCAGGUAUGAGCACAGGCAUUUUGAGACUUCUGCUCCGUGGCUUUCAACCUCAUCAUUUCUUUCUCUAAAAUGAUUCCUCAAAUCAUAUAAAGCUAACCAUGCAAAGAAGAAAAGAAGAAAUACAUCAUCACCUGACAGAAACCAGUGAAACCUAACUGGCAGCCAGGGACAUGCACAGACAUGGUGAAGUCUAAGCAUGCAGAUAAGCUGUGUUUUGCCCACGCCCAAGUCAGACACGAUACAGCUUCGGAGAGUUUCAGAAGCCAGCCCUGGAUCUCUGACUCCCUUCGAUAAAUCUUUACGAUGUUCCUUGCUAAAGCUUUGCUGAGCGGAGGAAGUGGCAGUGGUCCUGGAGGGAGCCUUGCACGUGGCCUUGGAGGUCUCCUAACAGGAGGUGGUGGACAUGGAGGGAAUAUUGGAGGACUCGUCGGAGGUAUUGUCAAUCUUAUAAGUGAAGCAGCAGCUCAGUAUAAUCCAGAGCCGCCUCCACCUCCUCGCAAUCAUUUUACAAAUGUGGAAGCUUAUGAGAGCGAGGAGAUCAGACAGUUUCGUCGCCUUUUUGCCCAGCUGGCUGGAGAUGACAUGGAAGUGUGUGCCACAGAGCUGAGGGCCAUCCUGAACAAAGUUGUUUCCAGACAUAAAGACUUGAAGACAGAUGGCUUCAGCUUAGACACGUGCCGUAGCAUGGUAGCCGUCAUGGACUGUGACACAAACGGCAAACUGGGCUUUGAAGAGUUUAAGUACCUGUGGAACAACAUCAAGAAAUGGCAGUGUGUAUACAAGCAGUACGCUGAUCAGUCAGGCGCUCUUGGGAGAGCUCAGCUGCCAAACGCCUUGAAGGCUGCAGGGUUCCACCUGAAGGAAGAACUGCGCCAGGUGAUCGUGCGCAGAUACGCCGCCGAGGACGGCACCAUGGACUUCAACAGCUUCAUCAGCUGCCUGGUGCGGCUGGACGGGAUGUUCCGCACCUUCAAGUCCCUGGACCGAGAUGGAAGUGGACAGAUCCAGCUGACCAUUGAGGACUGGCUGCAGCUGACCAUGUAUUCCUGAAGGCAUAGCAGAGAAGAACAAGCUUUGUCUGGAAGCUACACAGGGAAGGCUACAAUCCUGUGCUGUAGAACUCUAGUCUUUUCCUUGUUCUAAGGCAGAUGGAGCUAGUGGUAGAUGGCUCAGCUUCAAGCAUUGUGAUUCCUCUUGUGCAUGCAUUAGUCUGCUUUACUGAAGGGUUUAUGUAAGUUGUCGACUGGACAUAAGCCUGUCUCAGAAAACUAACUCUGGACUUUUAAAGUGAGGGAAUAUAUUGAAAGGAUCAAAGCUUCGCUAUUUCUUUCCAUAAAGUGGCUUGUGUAUGAGUAUAACUAUUAUAUAAAAAGCUCCUAAAUUUGGUGUUGAUGUUGCUGUUCUGAUUUGUCAGCAGUCACUGAGCUUGAAUAAAAGUCUGUUUGCCUGAAGGCAAUCACUGGUAGAGUCAUGUAGUUAUUUCUAACAGGGAAAAACAUUAGAGUUGCAAUAACUGUAAUGACCGGGGAAUUUACAUAAUCAUUUAAUUUCCUUCCUACUGCUGCUUUUCAUGCUUGGCUGCUGAAGCAAAACCUGAGUUGUAUUGUCAGUUCUACCUGCUGGCCAGGGCAAAAUUGAAAGCUUGUCUGAAGCUACUUUUACAACAGUUUUCUCCUUCCUACAAUUCUAGGAACUAGUCUUUUCUCUCUUUCCUUCAAACUUUAGUAUAGUUAUAAUGCAAACAACUUAAAAUACUACAUUAAUAUUUAGAGAAAUUUGCUGUAAUGAUGCAGUGAUAUAGCAGACAGCUAGCCCAAAUCAACCUCUGGCUAUCCAAGUUAAAUUUCAUCAGGGUACAGCAUCCCACUCUGGCUUGUUAUGUAGUUCUGGCUAAGAUGUCAACUUUUGAGAAAAAAAAAUGGAAUAACAUGAACUGUCAAAGGUACAUUUCUUUGAAUUAAGGAUUACACAGUUGAUCAAAACAGCUCUUGCACGAGGCAAAUUUCUCAGCAGGCACUGCUGCUUUAAAUGAAAAUUGUCUGGGGUGACUCAUUGAGAAACACCACACAAUACCUGCAGGGCAUCUGCAUGUUAGUGCAGUAUGUGGUUUGGUUUUGUUUGGAAACUUCCUUAGCUUUGAUUUCUAAAUCUUGCAGUUACACUUAGCAAAUAGUAUUUUCCAGAUUGAUGAUAAGUCCUCCCUGGUCUACUUAGAGAAGCCUUUUACUUGAAACUUAGGAGAAAAUAACUCACAAUUUUUGCCCAGACUUUUUUUCCUCCUGCACUUUGUUUAAUAGCAAGCUGGGUAACAGAAAAAGAUUCAUAUUGGCCCAAGCUGUUAUGAAAGAGGUCACUUCCUUCCUAAUGGCAUUCACCCCACUGCCAGUUAUCCAGUGGAAAAGCACAUAGUGCCAUUUGGGCUCUGAGUAAUAGAAAAGUGAGCACGAGGUAAAGUGUGAUACCUCCAGGUGAGCACCAUCCUACCAGGUUGGUUUCAGAAUUUCCCUUUCUGACUAGUUAGAACUUGCAAGUAGCAACAGGUGAUGGAAAUUUGAGAGUUAUAGCAAUAGCCUCUUACAUGAUGAGCCUGGAUAUGAACACAAGAUCUGCAGUUCCUCCCCAAAUGGUUCCAGUUAGUUUUAGCUUCUCUGUGGUAACCCUGUAAGUGACUGAGGGUUUAUUUACCUAAUAAUUUAUUUACCUGCCAUGAAUGGCAGGCACACACACAACACACUUGAUUUUUCCUGUUGCUUUACAUAGUAGAGAAAAAGGUAUUGAUGCAAUAGUACUUUAUACUGUAUCUGUCUUGCAGUCCUUGUGCAGAUCUAAGUGAAGUAUGCUUAUGACAUUGCAACUUUCUUGUUUUUCUUAGAUUUACUGUAUUAUAUAAAAACACAACAACAAAAUCCUAGUUACUAUAGCAUGCUAUAGAGAAAAGAGUAGCAGGAAACUAGUUUGCUUAAAAAAAAACAAGAGUUGUUAAGGUUACUCUAUGUUUUGAUUAUUUUAUGUAACAUAAAUACAAAUACCUAAAUUCUGAUGUUCCACUUUGCCAUUUAGAGAAUUGGAGCUCAGCUCACGUUACCUCCUUAACAUAUUCUUGGGUACAUAGGCUGCAAACACAGCUACUAGAUGUGUGUAGAAAGACAGUUGCAAGUGCUUUUUUGCUGUGGUGUUACACAAGCACUGCAGGUUUUCCUGUGUUUUCAGUUUAACUCCCAUCCCUUUUGCCGAGUGACAGCCCCAUCAUUUCUCCUUAACCAAAAUGCCAGAGCAUUUGGGAGUUAGCCAGCAUCCCAGGGUUUAGUAAAGCUAGUCACAACAUGAUCUUGCAAGCGUAGUAACUUUAUUUCCUACUAAAAUGGCUGAGUUCUGUGUAUCAAACUGCACUCAGUUUUGAUUAUUGGGUUUUAGCACUUUAAUGAAAGUUAUAUAACCCUUAUUUUGUCAUUUUUCUUGUCGUUUUUCCAUGUACAGCCACAGCUGUGCUAAUUUCUUUCAGAAGUUGUUUUUAAUUAGAUUAUUUUAGUUAAAGUUUACUUCCUUGUUCUUUUCCUGUGAUACAUAUUCUUAACUUUAAAAAUAAAUUUUAAAAAAAUAUUCUAGUCACAUCAAACAAUCCUUUGCUAAGAACACAUUCUACCAAACUGUCCAAAAAUAAUAUUCUAUGGAACUUUGAACAAUUAUUAUUUACACUCUUUCUUCAGUUGUUUUAAAAGUUUAUGUUUGUAAUGUUACACUUUAAAGUUAGAUCUAUUAUCUCUGAAAACUACAAUGUAGCCAAAAUACUUAAAGUCAAGUUCUGCACCACAAUGACAGCAGAUUUGUAAAUAAAACCGCAUUUAUGAGAGAACAUUGUCCUUUUCUAAUGAUUAAAAACUGUCAAAAGUUAUAUCCCUUGGACACACAUGCAAGUAACUUAAAAGUUCAUAUCUUAUUCAUAUCUUUGCUAAAAAGUUUCCUUGAAAUUCAGAGAUUUUUAAAGAUUUUUCAAAGAUUGGUUAGACCAUCAGUAUAAAGAAAAUAACAGUUGUCUGUGCAAAAGACUCUUGCAUUGGUUUUGAAGGCUAAAUAAAAUUGUAUCUUAGCAGUUUUAAAUCCUGUUAAAUGUACAGCUUGAUGAUGAAAAGUUAGUACUGAACACAUUAUUACACAUAUUUUGUUAAUCAAGAACUAUCUUAAAAGCUAAAUUCAAUUACUAAAAUCCCUGUUUCAUAGCACCCAGGAUUUUCAAAGCACUCUACAGAGCAGCGUUAGUAUUCUCCCCGGCACAUUGCGCUGCCAGCAGCAGGAAACCAAGAACAGAAAGGUUAAGGUUGGUAUGCUCAAAUGGGCAUUAGAAGUUGGUAGGAGAGCCAGAAAUAGAAUCCAGAUCUGGCUGUUUGCUACAGAUUUACCCAGGAGACCACCCCUCUCUCACUUGGCUGAAAAAGUUCUGUGCUGUUCUCAGACGUAGGGACUCCACUUUUUAAAAAAAUGUUUUUCCUCUUGAAGUGCACAGUACAUUAUCCACAAAGGGAACUCUGCUUUACACUUCAGUUUGCUUUUAAAACAUUUUUGAUGAAUGCCCUUAUUGUGAAGGUUCCAAAUGAUGAGCUAUGAGUCAUCUCUACUAUGCUGUCAUUAACUGCUCUGUGUCCCACCAUGUAACACUUGUAGAUGGCUUUUCCUCAGACAGAUGUUUCCCAAAACACUCAUGAAACUUUGAGUGUGGUGACAGGAACACUACUGACAUAUGCAUAGAUUUCAACAGGCAUCUGCCAUUUUCCCUAUUUGCAAAUAUAAUGCAGCUUACAUAAAAUUAUUCACAAAUCCCAUCAAAGCAAACUUCAAAUGUUCUGUUGAGGUAGCUUUGUAGUUAUCACAUUGAAAUGUUCAUCCACAUCAAAACCGGAAUUAUCAGAGAAGCUGUUCCAAUGAAUUCCUUGCCUUUCUGGCUUAAAAGGUGGGACAGUUUAUUGGCUUCAAAAUAGCAUGUAGGGCAGUGCAUUCGCUUCAAAGAAAAGUUUAAGAUAGACCAAGUAGAUUUGUUUGUCCUUUCACUGGCAUAUAUGUUAUUGCUGAAGGUUUGAACUCAAAGCAACAGCCUCACUGUUGGCCUGUUUAUUCUGAGAUGUUGCAUUGGUCUCUGAACUUCAGCAAGUGCAAGUGCUACAUGCACUCUUAGAGUUACCUUAAACACAUGUAUUGCAGUUCAUCCUAGAGCCUUCCUGAAGGUCAUACAGUGAAGAAAAACUUUUGAGUUGAUUUCAUGGUUUUUUUGUUUGUAUGUUUAUAAGAUGGAAAUGGAUACCCAAUUUCUAGCUAUUGAAAAUACGUAUAUUGCCACUCCAGCCUUAGUAUUACAUAUUCAGUGAGUUAGUAUUUUUUCCAGGAAGAACAAAUACCUCUGGUGUUGUAAACUGUAUUAGUGCAUGUUGUGUAUUUGAUUUACACAACAGCUUUUAAAGGGAUUUGCAGUAUUAACUAUAACUGC